GCGGCGGCGGCUGCGCUCGGUGUGUCGUGGGGGGAGCGGCGCAGGCUGGCAGCGGGGGGGCUGUUGCGUUAGGCUGAUAAAAUGCAAUUGCACGGAACCGCUGGCUGUUUGACGGGCAGAGAAGCGGGGGUGCAGAGGGCUGCCCCCCCGGAGAAUUUAGCGACCAGCAGCCCUGUCUCCUCUUCAUUGAACGGGCGCUGAAGUGCAUGGGGAGCAGCAAAGGGUGUAAACACCCUGAGCUCCCCUAGGCCCAGGGAACAGUGAGACGAGGCUGCGAGGUCUCCGACGUUUGAGGACCCCCGGGCCCGGGGUCGUUGAGCGGGCUUGGGGAGGUGGGGUCGGGAGCGCUGCACUGAAUUGCCCCCAGCGAAUUGUACGUGGGGAAUUGCAUUUCAUGGCCGUGGAGACAGGUCUCGUCUCCGGGCUGCUGUUUUAACGAGAGCUUGCUUUGCACCUGUCUGAAAGUUGUGCAUCUCUCUUCUCUCCAGGGCAAAAAAAGGAAAAACGACUGGAAGCGGGCUGGGGGGGACGGGGACGGGACGCACCGCGGAUGAAAUUUACCAGCAAGUGGGAAUUAACUAGGAUGGUUGUAGAAGGAGCAGGAGCUCUGGUUUCGCGAGGAAACUUAUUGUGAGGAAAGACUUUGUGUGGGCUGGACGGUCCGCAGCCUCCUGGAGCCCGUCGCCAGAGCUGAGUGAGCAAAAGGCAAUUCCUGCUUAGGCGGGGAGCAGCCCCUCCUUGUUUGCUGGCUCCUGGGGACUGUUCUUCCUGGCUUUUCUCUCCCUGGCUCCUCGGGCUGCGGAGCCUUCACGCCCCACCGUGAAGGGGGCUUUCCGGCUACCAGAGGCGCCCGAGAGGAUGUGAAAGCUCGAGGCUCCAGGGCGGUGGUGCCGCGCCAGGGAGCUGCUCACAACGCAGAGAACUGGGGGCAAGUCCGCAAAGAGGGGACGGGAACUUAAUGGGCGGGGGGGAGACCUGAAGCGGCUGCCAGCGGGGGAGGGCGGCUGCAGACGCGCUCUGGGACAAAGGCGAGGAGCGUCCUGCAUGCAACAGCCUUUCCUGGCGUUGGACGAGCCGCGGAUCCCCUGCUGCGGAAAUGCUGCAGCGUGAAUCCCCCUUCUUCGACCGAGCAGCGAUCGCAGCGCUCCGGACGCCUCCUGUCUAGUCCCGGAGCCCGCCCGAAACCGGCCGCCGGACUGGGAUAGCGGCAGAGAGCGGCGCGGCAGCUCACCCCAUCCCCGCGCUCCGCAGCGGCCCGGCGGGAUGAUGGAUUUGCCGGCAGCUUCAUGCCAGACCGGGGGACUCUGAGUCGCUGCCCAGCGCCCUGCAGACGCCUGUGCGCGGGGAAGGGAAGGGGGCGGCCGCAGCCGAGCAUCCCAGCCCAGCCUGCCAGCUCCGCUCGCCUCCAGGCACCGUCCCCAGCCGCGGGAGCCCGGCGGCGGCGACAGAGCCCAAGCGGUGGGCGUGUGAAGCUCCGUCCCUGAGCAGCUCCCCUCUGCCCAGUCUGCUCCACGUGUCAGCCCCUCUCGCUGCCGGCCCGGGAGAAGUGGGGAGCCCCCGGGCGGCGCAGGGGCAAGCGUCCAGCGCUCCGCACUGACUCUGCUGGACCCCGGGGCUCCUCUGCUGUCUCUGCCGGACCCUCCGGCGCCUCCCGGCUCCACAGCAGCCUCCCGCCCGAGCCGGUGCUCGCCCCCCCACUCAGCGCCCCGUGAGCCGGUGCCCGGGGCGCCCUCCCCGGCCGUGCCCAUGCUGCUGCUGCGGAAGCUGCCGGGGAUGCCGGGCUGGCCGGCGGCCCUGGGGCUGCGGCUGCCGCAGAAGUUCCUCUUUCUGCUCUUCCUCUCGGGCCUGCUCACCCUCUGCUUCGGGGCCCUCUUCCUGCUGCCCGACUCCUCCCGCUUCAAGCGCCUCUUCCUGCCCCGCCGCGCCGCCGCCGCCGCCGGGGACCCCGACCUGCCCCGCAGCCCCCCGGCCGCCGCCGAGCCCCGCCAUGCCAGCCCCGCCGCCCCGCGCCGCCUCCGGGACAAGCUCCGCGCCGCGGCCCGCCUGGGCGCCCCCCCGGCCCACACCGCCGCCUCCGCCGGGGGCAGCCCGCAGCAGGUGCAGCCCGGGGCAGGGGGCGCCGAGGCGGGGACGGACUCGGCGCCUGCCGCCCCCCGCCAGACCCGAGCCCCGUUCGGCUUCGACUACGAGACAUUCCGCCGCAGCCUUCGCCACCCGGUGCUGGGCAGAGGCGGCGGCGAGGAGCCCGAGACCCGCGCCCGCAGGCUGAAGAUCAGAGAGAUGAUGAAGUUUGCUUGGGAUAACUACAGACGAUAUGCAUUCGGAAAAAAUGAACUUCGACCACUAACUAAGAAUGGACACAUUGGUAACAUGUUCGGGGGCCUUCGAGGGGCUACCAUAGUGGAUGCCUUAGAUACUCUGUACAUCAUGGAGCUUGGGGAGGAAUUCCAAGAAGCGAAAAGCUGGGUGGAGAAGAGCUUGGACUUGAAUGUGGUAUUCAAGAGCAAAGCUCUAGAACUUGGAGAGAAACUUCUACCAGCCUUUAACACCCCCACUGGUAUCCCACGAGGUGUCAUAAAUCUGGGCAGUGGCAUGAGCUGGAGUUGGGGGUGGGCCUCUGCAGGAAGCAGUAUCUUAGCAGAAUUUGGCACCCUGCAUUUAGAAUUCCUGCACCUCACGGAGCUCUCUGGAAACCCAGUGUUUACUGAAAAGGUGAUGAACAUCCGCAAAGUCCUGAACAGAAUUGAGAAACCGCAGGGCCUGUAUCCUAACUUUCUCAGUCCGGUCACUGGGAACUGGGUCCAGCACCACGUCUCCAUUGGGGGCCUUGGGGACAGCUUUUAUGAAUAUCUGAUCAAAUCCUGGCUGAUGUCAGACAAGAGAGACACUGAAGCUAAAAAGAUGUAUAAUGAUGCACUAGAGGCUAUAGAAAAACAUUUGGUUAAAAAAUCUGCCGGAGGAUUGACCUACAUUGCAGAAUGGAGAGGUGGCAUCUUGGAUCACAAAAUGGGCCAUUUGGCUUGCUUCUCUGGUGGCAUGAUAGCCCUUGGAGCAGAACAAGCAGCAGAAGAGAAAAAGCAACAUUAUAUGGAUCUAGCCGCAGAGAUUACUCACACGUGUCAUGAAUCCUAUGCACGCUCAGAUACCAAGCUUGGCCCCGAAGCUUUUCGCUUUGAUUCUGGAACGGAAGCCGUGGCCACCAGACUCAGCGAGCGCUAUUAUAUACUGCGCCCUGAAGUGGUAGAAAGCUACCUGUACAUGUGGAGGCUGACCCAUGAUCCGAAAUACAGACAGUGGGGCUGGGAAGUUGUAAAGGCACUGGAAAAAUAUUGUAGAGUAGAAGCAGGCUUCUCCGGGAUCCGAGAUGUUUAUACCACCACCCCAAGCCAUGACAACAUGCAACAGAGUUUUUUUCUGGCAGAGACAUUAAAGUACCUCUAUCUUCUGUUCUGUGAUGAUGAUGUGCUGUCUCUGGAAGACUGGGUAUUCAACACGGAAGCCCACCCACUGCCGGUGAACCACACGAACCUUAAAGCUAAAGCAAGCGUGCAAUAAUGAUGCUGUUACUCAAGCGCCCUACUUCGGCGGCACUCUCUAGCGGGUUACUGCAUUUCCUUUCCAUUAAAGGAAUUAGCAAUGUUCCUAAAAUGGUAUUUUGGGGCACUAGUCCAAUUCCGGACAGUAUUAUAUUGGGGAGAAUAAACUGUGACAUAAGCACCUUCUUUUCCUCUAUGAGGAGAUCUGUUAGCCUGGUGACAAGAUGUUGAUUCUGGGCCAUAUUAUUAACAGAUCAUGGACAUUCCUUUAUACAGAGAAUUUAUAUGAAAUCCACUGACUUUGCUUUCUAGUGGCCAAAGGAUUGGAAGUUUGCCAUACAAUAGACUUUUUCCCCCUUGUUCUUCCUUUCAUUUUUCUUUUUGAUUGUUGCCUUUUAUAUACAGUUGGAGUUUAUCAUAUUUCUAAGUACAGGUUUCAAUGUACAGUGCUUUCUAAGUGGUGUCAACAUUGUAACUGAAACAAAAACUGUCUGCAAAAUUCUUGACCUAAAUGUAUUUUUAUAUAUUUUUUCCUGUGCUCUUAAACCCACAUUUAUGGGACAUUGCAUCACAUGUAACUUUCCUUUAUAACCUUUGUGGUUUUCUACUUUUAUUUGGAACUAAAUGUUAUGAGUCACUUGUAAUAAAUUGCACUGCUGUAAUAGUCAAAUCUGUGAAAUAGAAUAAAAGGUCUUGUAAAAUAAGUAGCAUAAUUGGGUUUAUCCGACAUUAUCAGCUAUCCAUAACUGUCAAAGACUUGCUGUAUUAUCCUUGGAAUGAAUAGCUGACAAUAACGGUUGAUUUUGAGAAUAAUUGACAAUAAAUGUUUAUUUCAAGAAUAA